AUGGAGAAUUUUACUUUUUCAUUUCUUCUUUCAAUCUUGGUGUUAAAUAGUUUUGCCCUUUCCUUGAAUUCUAUCACCACUGAUAAGCAUGCACUUAUUUCCUUCAAAAACUCCAUCACUUCCGACCCUUAUGCUAUCUUGGGAACCAAUUGGUCUCAAAAUACUUCAGUUUGUAAUUGGAUUGGUGUGUCGUGCGGCCUCAAGCACAUCCGUGUCACGUCUCUCAAUCUCUCCGGCUACGACCUUGCUGGAACUGUUGCUCCACAUCUCGGAAACCUUACGUUUCUCAGAUAUUUGGACAUCAGUUCCAACAAUUUCAUGGGAAUCUUACCAUUUGAGCUAUCUAAACUUCGUCGUUUGAAAGUGAUGAAUGUAGGAGCAAAUUCAAUCACCGGAGAAACACCAACAUGGUUGGGCGGUUUACCUCAACUAGAGAAACUCUAUAUGUACAACAACACUUUCUUAGGUACAAUUCCUGCAUCUUUGUCUAACAAUUCUAAGCUACAAAUAUUAAACUUGAACUAUAACCAGCUGAGUGGAUCCAUACCACAUGGAAUGAUCCCUGAAGAAAUAGGGAAUCUUUCACAAUUAGAGGUGUUGAGCAUCCAAUCCUCCUCUCUGUCCGGAAAUAUUCCAUCUUCACUGUUCAACGUGUCUUCGUUGAAAUACAUGUACCUCUAUAACAACAGUUUGUCUGGAAAUAUCCCAAGUGAUAUGUGCGACAGUCUUCCAAAUAUUGAAGAACUGCAUAUAUCGAUCAACCAACUUUCUGGAGAAAUUCCACCAAAUAUAUGGAAAUGCAGACACCUUCAGCUGUUGUCAUUAUCUUACAAUCAUUUCAACGGAAAAAUCCCAAAUGAAAUUGGAAGUUUGAGUAUGCUUAAAGAGCUGUACCUGGGCAUGAACGAUUUCAAAGGAGGAAUCCUUGCAGAAAUGGGGAAGCUUGCACAACUAGAGGUAUUGGAAAUUACAAAUGCCUCUCUCACUGGAAAUAUCCCAUCUUCCAUUUUCAACAUGUCUUCUUUGAUAGGCCUGGAACUGGGCUUGAACAGCUUAUCUGGUACUCUUCCUCCAAAUAUGGGGAUCUCACUUCCCAAUCUCGAAUGGCUUUUUUUGUCUUUCAACAGACUCGAUGGUCCAAUUCCAAGCUCUAUCAACAAUGCAUCUAAACUUACCACGUUGAACUUGUCCAAUAACUUCUUCACUGGCUUUAUACCAGACUUUGGUAAUUUGAAGCAUCUACAAGGUAUAUUUCUCCAGGAUAAUCAUUUGAGUGGAGCUCAAGAGACAUUUCUCUCUUCUUUAACUAAUUGUCGAGAUUUGAAGUACUUGGAUAUAUCAGGAAAUUCACUGAAUGGUAUCCUACCCGCUUCAAUUGGUAAUUUAUCCUCUUCUCUUCAAGAUUUUUGGGCAGCAAACAAUAGCAUCGUAGGUGUCAUUCCUUCUCAAAUUGGAAAUUUAAGUAGUUUGUUGUCGAUAGUACUGGAAGGAAAUCAAUUGCGUGGACCCAUUCCACCAUCAAUUGGGAAUUUGAAGAAGCUCCAAAGAAUGUAUCUCUCUAGUAAUAAGUUGGGAGGGUCUAUUCCUAACCACAUUUGCCAAAUGAAUAAUUUGGGGGACUUGUACCUUGAUAAAAAUAUGUUUGUGGGUUCAAUACCUGAAUGUUUGGGUGAUGUCAAAUCCUUGAGAGUGAUCUACUUAGGCUACAACCAGUUGAAUUCCACCAUUCCUUCCAACUUCUGGAAUCUUAUACACCUCUUGGAUUUGAGCUUGUCCUCAAAUUAUUUGAGCGGUCAAUUGUCAUCUCAUCUUGGAAAUAUAAAGUCAAUUGACGCUCUAGACUUAUCUUUUAAUCAAUUUUCGGGUGAUAUCCCCAGCUCAAUUGGUGGUUGUCAAUCAUUAGAAUAUCUCUCCUUAUCAAAAAAUUUGUUGGAGGGAUCUAUUCCCCAAUCCUUGGGAAAUGUUAGAAGUUUGAUAACAUUGGAUUUGUCUUACAAUAACCUUUCUGGAUCUAUACCCAAGUCAUUAGAAGACCUUCGUUUUCUUGAGUAUUUCAAUGUUUCCAACAACAAAUUGGUUGGGGAAAUUCCAGACAGGGGUUGUUUUGGCAACUUGAGUGAUCAAUCUUUUACCAACAACCUUGCCCUUUGUGGUCCAAUAAGAUUUAAAGUUCCACCAUGCACAGAUAAUCAUCAUAGAUCAAGAAACUUGAUGAAAUUUAUACUGCCUUCCGUGAUUUUAGCUGUGACUAUGGUGAUUGUCAUCCUCGUAUUUAUAAAGAUAUGUAAUAUUCCACCAACUAUAUGGAAAUGCAAACAUCUUGAGAUAUUGUACUUAAACAACAACAAUCUCAGUGGAACCAUCUCUCGUGCAAUUGGAAAUACAAGCAUGCUUAGAGAGUUGGACUUGUCGUACAAUCAUUUCACAGGUCAUAUUCCACCAAAUAUAUGGAAAUGCAAACAUCUUGAGAUCUUGAGCUUAUUCAGCAACAAUCUCAGUGGAACCAUCUCUCGUGCAAUUGGAAAUAUAAGCAUGCUUAGAGAGUUGGACUUGUCGAACAAUCAUUUCACAGCCUUAUCAACCAUCCGACCAUUUGACCAUCACGUGCUCGACUGCUGCUCCAUUAUCCCAGAGGACUUGGGAGUCGAUAAUCGACACCGGAUGGGUGAGUGGUCUGCUCCUGAAGAACUUGGUCGGUAG